AUGGGCUUUGUGGCUCCAGGCCUUCGAUAUAGACGCAAACAGUAUGGAAGACGACCACCAAAGCGUGAGUUUUCUGUGAGGAGAAUCCUUGCUGUUCCUAUAGACCGCCUGAAGGUUCGCAGAGCAAGGACAUCAAGGCUGCAGAAUGAGACAUCGGACUCCAUCCUCGAAAGACUACCACACGAUAUAUUAUGGGAGAUCUUUCUACUAGCAGGUAUAUCCAAUGGCCUUCCCGCGCUGUCCAAGUACUUUAACGAGGUGUUGAGAGCGCCCAAGUUGGUCGAAGAUGACCCUUCACUGGGAUAUAACCGAUGGCUCUUCCUCAAGGUGCUAGACCAUUCUUUGGUUCAUGAUCUCAACGUCAAUGUGAAAGAUGGGUGGCUAGAGAAGUUUAGUAACGCUGCUGAGGGCUACGAUACUUCCGUGGAACCUGCUCGCUCGAUUACUGUUAUGCAACUGAGGGAACUAAGCAAUGUCUUCAAUGAGCCACAUGCCAUAGAUGUGGACACACUCAACCGCAAAUUCAUGAGCGGUGCUGCUUUUGAAAUCAUCAAGAAGAGGUAUCCCAGAAUUCAAGUCUUAACAGGUGAAGAGAUUGCUGCUCAGAUCGAGCACCGUGACGCUCUAAUAUCCUAUAGAUACAAUGUGUUAGUUGAGGCGCUCAAAAAGGCGAAGGACGCUGACGAAAACACUGAUCCCAAGGAUAUACUAGAUCAGGUAGCUAAAGAAAAGGAUCUUGUUUCUCAAGCAGAAUCAAUACCUAUUCAACUGCUGACUCCGUCCUUGAUACUACCGACCUCUCUUUACAAACAUUUGAGCCACGAAAAAGCCUUGAUGAUAAGAAGCUUGAUUGAAACAUGCCGGUGUGAAUUUGAAAACGAAGUACCUUAUCUCAGAGCAUGCUUCGAUCGUCUACCCUAUGAACAGUUUCCCGUAUAUGCUAAGCAUGGUGGACGUCAGAUAAACUACACUGUUGACGAUUUCAAGCUGUACGUUGAGUGCAUUGUUAAGGUAGAAAAGUCGACUGAUGGAGAGCAACAGGAUGAUGACACUUUACAUUGUCUUUACAGUUUAGCUGAACGUGCACUUGAAAAUUGUCCCAUCAAGGACCAUGAAACCCUACAGGAACUAGCUUGGUUAACCCUGGAAGUUAAGCUGCGUAUAUUACGACAGCUUCUUUCGGCCAAGUCGAUAGAGUCGCUAGACGACAUGUAA